AUGAGGGGCUUCAAGGGCAGGCGUUACAGUGCAAGACGGAGAUCGAAUUUGUCGAGAGAAAUCUCUCAUGAAGAUGAGGACUCCGGAGUGGAAAAAUCCAUUGGGAUUGUCAACUGUUCUGAUGAAGCUACAAACAAGCCAGAAUGUUGCAUUGCUUCACAGGACGAGCCUUGCUGCGACAGUAGUCUAAAAGGACUUGAGGAUUUUUCAGACACGUCUGGUUUGGAUUAUACGUCAAAUUCGAAAAAAUUGGCGAUCUCAAUACCAAAGCCAGUGCUGGAAAAGCUAAUGAGUUUCACCCUGUUUAAAAAUGCCCCGCAUGUGUUCUUUGUCGAGAUUGCUCGUAAGCUCACACUUAUGACAUACCAUGCCCAGGACCAUAUUGUGAAGGCUGGUGAGCCAGCCAAAGCCAUGUACUGGAUCCUGAGAGGUUGCGUUAAUGUCACUUCACCAGAUGGCGAGACUGUGCAUGCUCAGUUACUGGAAGGCAGCUAUUUUGGGGAAAUAGGCAUACUUUUCAAUCGAUCCAGGACGGCAACCAUAGUUGCAAAGACUAAAGUGCUACUUGGGGUGCUAACUGCCGAUAAUUUUAAUCAGAUCUUGCCCAAUUUUCCUCAGGUGGAGCGACAGAUUCGAGACGAAGCCCAGGAAAGGCUUGCUAUGCAGGAUAAAAAGAAGCACUCUGGCGUUACCAGCCUUAUCACCGCUAACAUGCCUUGGAAGAAUAGCAGUCUCCAGAACAGCACUCCUAUUGCUCACGAGAUAGCAAAGUCUCAUAAUGCAAAAAGUGCUCUUCAAUUCUCCUCUCAUUUGAAAUCUACAGAGGUGGUUGACGAUUCCAUAUCCAUUCGUCAAUUUUUAAAAAGUUUACCUCUAUUCACAACAUUGCCGGCCGAAAUCGCUCAUAGGCUUGCCUUGUGCGUGGAAUUAGAACAGGCAGAACCUUACGAAUACAUUUUUCACGCUGGAGAUCGCGGUACAAACAUUUACUUCAUAGUUAGCGGAGAAGUUGAGGUUUUAACUCGUGAGUCAUCGGAUACCAACAACUGUAUAAAGCGUUGCGAGAAACUUCUGGCAAGGUUGGGCCCAGGUCAAUAUUUUGGGGAAAUGGGGUUCCUGGGUUCUAUUAGUGACGAUAGUGCGAAAUCAAUAAGAUCGGCCGAUGUCAGGUCAGUGUCUUCGAGCACCUUACUUGUACUUACUGGAGAAACCCUCAAGCAUUUUUGCGAAAGCUAUCCAAUAGUUAAACGAGAGAUUAUCAAAACUGCAGACGAUCGGGCAAAUCGGAAUUCAACUUUUACAAGUGAGGAUGACACUAGUGAAACAGAUUGCGGUCCUGACUCUGUAACGAGCUCAGAAUGCCCUUCGAAAAAGUCAAGGCAAGACUUUACAAGCAAAUCUUAUGUUGUUGCUGACGCCAACUCCGUGGCAUCCUCUAGCGAUCUCGUUCGUUCAACAAGUCCUUUUAGGUCAUCGUUUCCCAUAAACCCGAAUUUCACUUUUGGCACUGAGAAACAAAUCACGAACAACAACUUGUCGAGUCCGGUUUCUGGAUCUUCUAAUAAAUCACUGACAAGCGACUGUUCUGAUGAAAAGACUACUUCGAAAAAGUCAAAAUGCAAAUCUGUGCCCCCUAGGCCUGUAUCCCCAGCCACCGGACCUGUACAAUUACUAGAGUUAGAUUCACCGCCCAUGAAUGCAGUAGCAGGUUCAAGUCACUCUUUCAAGAUUCAGCAACCUCCUCCUUUGAAUUAUAUGUCUCACAGGAAGCGCACAAGGUUACUUAGCCUUGGUGGGGGGCGCAAACGGCGCAAGAACUCUGUUUUAAGCGUCGGGCCUUUACCAGAUCGCCUGCUAUUGAGAUGUUUUCACUUUCUCAAACUUCCUGACCUCAUGAAGCUUCGGCUAGUUUGUCGCAGAUGGAGACAGCUGCUUUAUGUUGCACCUGGUCUUUUUGACAUUCUAGAUUUGGAACCAUGGAGUAAUUCUAUAGAUGACAAUGCCUUGACGGAAAUCACCAACUUCGUAGGUUCAAGACCUAAAUUGAUAGACUUGUCAAACUGCUUUCAUGUAACUGAUGCAGGGUUUUCGUACAUGAUCAAUGAAGUAGGAAUAGAAGGUGAGCUACGGGUCAUUAGGAUGAGGAGCUGCUGGGAAAUUAGCGCAAUGGCGAUUAUGGAUAUCGGGGCACCGCACGUAGGUAAAUGCAUCGAAGAAAUUGACCUGACCAAUUGUAGAAAGGUGAAAGACGAUGUUGUUCAGAGGCUUUUGGGAUCUAAUGAUCAUAAGCGAAACGGCAAUGCUGGACUUUCGACUGCAGGAACUGAGCAGAAUAGCUGGAUCUACCCGCUAGACGAACCAAUACAAGGUAUGGAAAUGUUUGACGCUAAUGAGAGAACAUCGUUAAACAUAGGCUGCCCAAGUCUUAAAGUGUUGACCCUCCGUCAUUGUAAAUCCAUUACCGAUUCGACUCUUCGCCAUAUUGCUCUGUACGGGCGGCAAAACUUGAGAGAGCUAGAUCUCACUCGUUGCACAGGAAUCACAGAUGUGGGGUUUUUAUAUUGGGGAUAUCAUACAUUUCCAAAUCUGGAGAAAUUGGUGCUCAGUGAGUGUGUUUUUUUAACUGAUGAUUCGAUCAGGUCCAUAGCCAGCUGCGCAAGUGGACUGCGAAUACUUCAGUUGUCAUUUUGUUGCUCUUUGACAGACGCUUCGCUGGAGACACUAUGCUUGGGUUGCCCAAAUUUAGAAGUUUUAGAUCUUAGCUUCUGCGGCAGAGCUGUAAGCGAUGUUUCACUGCUAGCACUGUCGAUGCACUUAAGAAAAUUGCGAAAGAUCACUUUAAAAGGUUGCUUAAGAGUCACAAGGUCCGGUUUGGAUUCUCUACUUGGAGGCUUUACGUCUCUCACUUACAUUGAUAUUUCGCAAUGCAAAAAUGCUCAUAUGUACCAAGGAGGCAUUCAAGCUACAAAAUUUGAACCGGUGGGCAAUUCGAAGAGUGUAUUUCUGAGAAUGGAGGAUAAUAAAGAACGUUGUGUUGAGGUUGUGAUUUGA